AUGCAAGCCGCAUCCAACGCAGCACAACACGCUAUGGGCGACUACCCCACAGUAGUACACCCAGAAUACAAGCCACGUCAAGACGGAGGCACCAUGAAAGCGCUUGCCUGGUUUGGGACCCGGGAUGUCCGCCUUGUCGAAGCACCUAUCCCAGAUAUCACUGAGCCCGACGAUGUUAUCCUCAAGGUCACUGGUACUACUAUUUGCGGUUCCGACCUCCACCUAUACAACGGUGAAAUCAUUAAUCUUCAGAAAGGGGACAUACUCGGUCAUGAAUUUAUGGGGGUCGUGGAUCGCGUUGGGCCAAAUGUAAAGAAUCUCCAACCUGGGGAACGAGUGGUGGCAUCCUUCCAGAUCGCCUGUGGGGAGUGUAGCUACUGCGAGCAGAAGUUGUCCUCGUUCUGUGAUCGCACAAAUCCUUCUUCGUUGCAGAACGCCAUGUACGGCCAUCGGGAUGCUGGAUUCUUCGGAUAUUCUCAUUUUACAGGAGGUUUCCCCGGCGGCCAGGCUGAAUAUGUUCGAGUUCCGAAAGGAAAUGUUAAUUUACUCCCGGUACCUGAUGAAAUACCUGAUGAGAAAGCCAUAUACCUUUCGGAUAUUCUACCCACAUCAUAUCACAACGUGAUGGAUACGGGGGUUUCUGAAGGGGAUGUAGUUGGAGUUUGGGGACUCGGGCCGAUAGGACAAUGUGUUGCAAAGUGGGCUCAAUUGAAAGGUGCAUCACGCAUUAUAGGAAUUGACAGGGUCCCCGAACGACUCGCGUUCGCCCGUGAGAAGCUGGGCAUCGAAACUCUAGACUUCUCGGUGCACAAGGACGUCGUCAAGCGGUUGCAAGAACUUGUACCUGGAGGCCUGGAUGUCGCGAUGGAUUGCGGGACGUUCCACCAGCCCAAAACGCUCGUCCAUAAAGUUGAGAAGGCGCUCAUGCUUGAGACUGAUGUUUCGGAAAUAGUGAACGAGAUGAUCAUGUCCGUCAAGAAAGGAGGGCGAUGCGGAAUUAUCGCCGCCUACGCCGGCUACACCAACCACUUCAACAUCGGCGCACUGAUGGAAAAAGGAGUACGCCUGAUCGGCAAUGGACAGGCACCUGUUCACAAGUGGUGGAAAGAAAUUUUGAACGACUACAUCAUUCCUGGAAAGUUUGAUCCUUCCUUUAUCAUUACGCACCGUGUCCCACUAGACGACUUUCCGAAGUUGUACGAAGCGUUUGACAAGCGGGAAGGUGGCGUUGAGAAAGUCUUCGUUGAAACUCAGUUUUCUAGCCCACCUUCUGUAGGAUGUCCAACGACCACCAGGGUCAGCGAGUGGGCAAAAGUGUAA